CGUUCUUUUGCUGAAGGGCAUAGGGCUUGUUGGCGGACAACGGCAUUCAUCGAGACUACCGAAAUAUUAGGUGGCGCUAGUUGCGAAGAACCUCUAUCAUUCGGGACAAGCUGAGAAGACGUGGAAGCACCAGGUAACAUGUUGACAGAUGUGUGCUUUUGUGCGGACCUGCUGUGCGGUUCUUGAGGAUUACGAUCUUCCGGCACAGUAUAGAACGCAACUCGCCUGUUCCCGUGAUCCUGCUUUCCUGUACGCUUGCAACAGGUGGUGGCUGGUUGCAUUGUUCCAAAACGUGUACCAUAUAGGCAAUGGCAUGGUGAAUUUUAAAGUAAACUAGAGCUCACGUGUGUAAAAGAGACAGCGAUGUGACAGCCGCGGAUUUAUCCAUCCCUGCAUUCCUGUCAGAGGUGCGCAUGUGACCUCACUCUGUGAGUUAACACGGCGCCUAGACAGCCUCCGACAGACCACGGCUUCGCUUUGGGCGUACAGGUUACGAUGUCGGGAGCUGUACACCUACGUCGUGUUACCGUGGACACCUGCUGGAGCGUUCCGGUUCUGGCUGCUCUAAUGACUCUGCUGGUCUGCAUGCCGUCAUCGUACAUGGGCCUUGUGUUUGUCUAUGUCGUGGAAGACUAUGGUGUGAGCCGCGCUUUGGCAUCGUGGACGCAAACCGGGCUCUUCGUUGCGGUGCACCUCUCAGGGCUUCUGGUGGGCGCACUUCAGCAGCGAAUUUCUCCCCCUAGGAUUGCCCUGUUGAGCGGGUUGGUGGCUUCCGCCGGCUUGAUUGCAUCAUCAUUUACAAAAGACAUAAUACUGGUGGCCUUGACACUUGGUAUUUUAUAUGGUCUUGGCAUGGGAAUGUUCCUCAUGUCAGUCUCUAUUUACAAUAUCAUGCUUUUUGAGAAGUACAAGGGCACUGCCAUGUCAAUGACAUUUCUUGCCUGGGGCAUCGCUGGACUCUACGGACCCGUUUUGCUGUACAAGCUUCGAGAAAGUUACGCCUUGCAAGGCGGCUUACUGAUAUGUGGAGGGCUACUUUUAAAUUCUGUUCCCCUGGCACUGCUUCUCAAUAACCCUCCCGGCACAGACUUUAGCAACCUCAAAUACGCUAUCAGCAACUGUUUAUAUCGGAGGACUGCAGUUUCCGCGCGAUCAGUCAAGGCAACAGCCCUUCCACUUGAUGAGCCAUCUGACUUGGCAGUAACCAGUGUUCCUGAAAAAAUGCAGAGUGAGGUGGACGUACAUUGCCAGGAUCUUCCGGCUACAGGCAGCUUGCACAGAACUGACAUUGAAUACACCGCUACAGACAGACUAGGCAGCAAAAUCGAGGCUGAAGAUUGUUCGGUCUUUGUCACUACGUCACAGAAUGGCUCUCCUUCGCGUAGCCGCUUGCAGUCUUUGCUGGAACUGCUGCGAACGCCAGCGUUCUACGUAUUUCUCGCCACAACAGUGGUGAGUGAGUAUUCUCUGGUUUCCAUCGGUACUACUAUCGUGGAUUACGCUAAAGACAAGGUCAUCGAGCUCUCCGUAGCGACGCAACUGAUGAUCUUCGGAGCAGUAGGACACAUACUGGCGCGCUUAACUAUCGUGCCAUUGUCCGACUGCGCGAAAGGCAGCCGCUUGCCGAUGUACGCUGGCGCCUUUGCUUGUGAAGCUGUAUCCGCUGCGGCCAUGCCACACGUAUGCUCAAUCGCCGCCCUUACCGUACUGCGCGUCCUAGAGUCUCUAGCGCAGGGCUUUAUCCUCUCUGUCCGCACUAUCCUGUUGGCACAGUAUUUGGGCAUCGAAAGAGUAGCCGCCUGCUCUGGCGUCUUCGGACUCGCCAUGAUUCCAGUGUCCCUCAGCAGCCCAGCUAUACUCGGGUUUUUCCGUGACAUCAUUGGAUCAUACGACCCCUUCUACCACAUGAUGGGUGCCCUCAAUGCAACCAUGGCUGGCUUGUUAUUCAUGUUCUUCCUUUACGACUGGAGGCACGCGAGGAAACCAUGAUUGAAGCAGUGUGGUCACACCGAUUGAUAGACUAGCAACAAAUAGCUGUUGGUCGUACAUUGUAUCGCCUACAAGCAGUUAAACGCUCAAGAUCUCACAUUUGAGGCUUGUACCUUGCCAUUAUCAGCCAUUUUUUUUAAUUUAAGAAGGCGAGGAGAUUUUAGGGGAAUGGGAUAACUUAUGUAAGGAAAUUGUACGACAAUACUUUAAAAUAUAAUGUUAAGAUAUUCCAAUUUCGUUUCUGAAGUUUGAAUAUCAGGCAUAAGCAUGUCACAAUCAAGAUACACUACUUCUCAUCAGAUGGUUUAUGUAAAAACAUUCAUCGCAAGAUCAAAGCUGCCAUAAAAACAUGUUUUAGAGGCAAAGCGAUGCAUGACGUAGAGUAUCUUUCAAGCAAAUGGCAAUUGCAAUACAGUAGAAGUAUUUCGUAUAGUUGUAUAAGUACCUGCUACUCUGCCGUACUUCACCUUGAUGUGGUCCUUUAUAACCUCCUAUGACAUACUAUGUUACCAUAUGGCACUAUUUAUCAGACAGUUGUGUUUAACUAUUGAGUUCAUAAGAAAGUGCAGACAGAGAGACAAGUAACUUUAAUUAACUCCUGAUGGACUAGCCGUGAGUAAAGUAAAUCAUUCAUAUCAACCUAACUUUUGUUAUUCAGUGCGCCUAAACAUAACACCAUUGAAAUAUAAAUAAUCCUACGUUUCAGAAGGUAUAUCACACUAAGUUCGACGCAACUAGCACACUGGGAACCAUACAGCUUGCAUUAAGCUUACUGAUGUUUUUGGCUUUUUGUUUGAGCAGUAGUGCGCCGGUGACCUUUAAGAAAUUAACCUCUUCACGUGAGCGGCAAACAUGUCCUUCUUCCACGGCGCAAAACUGCGCCUCCGAGUCAAUGUAUAUAAACAGAAGGGAACACUGCUUUUGAAUUAUAGAGCAAAGGAACUAGGCUGAACAAUACAAAUAUUGAUGAGCCGCUAAUAUUGAUUGAGUUGAAGAUAGCGUGCCAGUUUCCAUCAGCGCCCGAUAAAUCGCAUUGCCGUAUGAACGUGAAUCAUUGCAAUUUAGACUAGUCAAGUGUCAUAAAAAGUUUUUGUUCACCAGCGUUGAUAGGUACCCUCACAAGCCGAUGUUUAACAUGAUUUUGAAUAAAAUAAUGUUUAUAGUG